CUCGGGCUGGGCUCUGGCACCAACAGAUCCGACUGGAGAGGCAUCAUGGAGGCAGGAGCAACUGCGCUGCUGCUGGUGGCCCUGCUGGGGACGAGCUCAGCGAGCAGCUUUUAUGGAGACAGCAUCAGCCUGGCGCCGCUGCAGAGCAACGCAGAUGGGACUUACAAGGUGACUUUCUACCACCGACAAAACGGCAGAAACAGCUGUCAGAACCAGUCCACUCUGCUCUGUGAUGGUGGGGUGUGUACGGACCUGGACCGGUCAGCUGUGGUCCAAACGGACCAGGACUCUUUGGGCAGAUGGUGCCAGGUUGAAGAGCACACAACAGCAACCUUCCAGCCCAAUGGGACGAGUUUCAUCCUGAGAGACUCCGGCUGCUGCUGGGACAAUAAUCUGGAGCACAAAUCCAACUGGGAGAGCCACGCACAGCUGGACCUGGGAGUCAGAUCAGACUCCUACAGCAUCAACAACUGUCCCAGCACCGCAACGGUGGCUUCCUUACGGGUUUCUCAGAACUGCUUCACCCAUCUCCGCCUUCUGGCUCAUGAUCCAGAAGGAGACGCGGUGAGAUGCCGCUUCGCUUCAGGCGCCCCAGCAAACUUCACUCUGGAUGAGAGUACCUGUACGCUGAGAGGCUCAGGUGAGCUCCAACUUGGCCAACACGUCUUUGAACUGACGGUGGAGGAUUUCUCCACCAAAAACGUGACGCUGACUUACGCAGACGGAAGUACGGCGACCCGGGAGGCCUCCAGCAGCAGCCAGCCUCCGCUCUGCACGCUGACGCUGCAGUUCGUGGUGGACGUCCUUCCUCCGAUAUCGAGCUGCGUGGUCGGUGACCUCCUGCCCAUGUUCCUGUCCCGGACGCUGUCGCACGGAGACGUUCUCCACGCCAGCGUGGGUCAGACGCUGCAGCUCUACGCUGAGGCCCAGGCUCAGAACGCGCCGAUUCAGGACUUCCAGGUCAGCGGCCCCCAAAAUGUGACCAAGAAGUUCAGAAGCGGGUCGGACGGGAAAGCAGAGAUCACUCUGAGCUGGACCCCGAAGGAAAGCGACGCCAACAAACUCGUCCCAGUUUGUUUCACCGCAGAGACGGCAAUAACCCAAUCAGAGAUGAGAUGUGUCAUUGUUAUGGUGAGCCGUUCCGCCGUCAUGCAAGGCAGAGCCUCUGUUACCUGCUUGCCCAACAAGAUGACAGUGGCCUUGGAGAAAGCCUCCAUGCCAGACAUCAGUGAGGCGUUUCUGUCACUCAGAGACCCGUCGUGCACGCUCACCAGCAACGGCACCCACAUCCUGGGAACCAUGUCCUUCACCACCUGUGGCACAAAGCUGGAGGACAAAGGAGACUACAUCGUCUUUAAGAACGAGAUCCACUCCAUCGUGCAGUCCAACGAGAUCAUCAUCCGGAGGAACAACGUCAAGGUUGACUUCUACUGCGAGUUUCCCAAAACCAUCAGCAUCUCCAACUUCUACAACCUCCACGAUGCCGACUACAUCUUCACCGAGUCCAGCUUUGGCAGCUUCGGCUACAGCUUUGAGAUAUUCCAGAACGGCAACUUCACCAGCAGGGUGCCGCCCGACGCCUACCCGGUGCAGGUCAAGAUGCUGCAGAUGAUUUACAUGGGCAUCCAGGCCGUGUCGGAGCUGCCAAACGUCACCUUGUUUGUCGAGUCGUGCAAAGCAACUCCGGACAACAACCCUGACAACCCCGUCUACUACAACCUCAUCCAGAACGGGUGUGUCAAAGACGAGACGUUUAAGAUCCACCCGUCAAACCAGACGAACUUCAACUUUGAGAUCCAAGCCUUUAAAUUCAACGGAGAUUAUGACCAGGUUUACAUCAUCUGCAACGUCAUCCUGUGCGAGCCUGGGAAUCCCUUUUCCCGAUGUGCGCAGGGAUGUCUGAGCGAGGCGCCCCGCCGGCGCAGACGAGGCCUGAGCAUGGAGACCACAGGGCACUACAUUACCCAGGGUCCUCUGCAAGUGGUUGGGCCGGCUGGUCCCAGUUCACAUGCGGAGCACAAGAACAUAGAUGCAGCUCCGAAAAGUGACACGGCUCCUGAAGGAGUUGUUCCAGAAACCAGAUCGGACGGAGAAACCUGGAGGUUCAGGGAGAUGUUUUCCUCCAGCAUCACCACGGUGGUGUUCGGCAGCGGCUUCGUCCUGUCGCUGGUUCUGCUGGCCGUGGUGGUCCGCUACUUCAGCAGGAAGAGGAGAGCUGAAGAGCUCAACUUUCUCAUUGAAGACGAGUUUGAGAAAUAAACGCGACGCCUCCCUGACAGUCUCUGGAAAACAGAUGAAUUAAAGGAGACAAACUAAACCAUCUUUUUUUACCCAAACCACAGGUCUGAGAUCAGUUUGGUCAGAAUCAGAACUCAGUUAUUUUCUUUUUUUCACCUGGUUUUACAAAAAACAGUGAAAAGUUUCAAUCCAAACCACUUUUUAGAGCCAAUUAACAUAUUUUGUUUCUAAGUACAGAAAUAUUACCCAGUAAGUUAUCAGUAACUGGGUCAUUACUAUCCAAAAAGACAGGCGAUGCAACAAUCAGAAGUUUGUUUAUUUCAUGUUUUUUUCACUCAGCAUUUAACAUUUUAUUCCUCACCAGGAAAAAAAGGAUUUAAUUUUGCUUCUUGUCGUUUUUAGACCAGCCCAGAAUUCGUUUGUAUCAAAUAAAAACAUGUUUUCUGAUCAGAUCCAGUUUAUUUUAGCCAAACAAUCAAACUGUAUUUCAGUCAUUAUCCAAAAUGGCCGAUUAGCUCCAACUCAAUCUAAACUCCAGAUUUAAGCUGAUCACUUAGAUCUGUGAAGCCUCAGAACAAAAAUUAAAGCUUGUUUUUUGAGACUAUCAGGUUUCAGUAAUGUGUCUCCUUUAAUUCAUUUUUCCUUUUCGUCAUGCAGGCAGAAUUAUGAUAUGUUAUCUAAAUCUGAUAUAAUAAUUUGGGAGUUUUAAUCAGUCAAAUCAAACCUUAUCUUGCUUUGCGAACAAUAUUUUAGAGGAACUUCUGAGCUAAAAUUGCUUUCGAUGCUUCAGAUUUCCAGGUCACGGUUUUCUUUUCAGCAGAAAUGAUCCAACAAGUCGACAGAUGAGAAAGAAUCAGCUGUUUUCAGAUGCUGAGUGUGAGAAGAACCAUCUGAUUGGAUCUUGGACCCGGUUCCACUUCGCCUGCAGCAAUGCUGCACCUGAAACACAUUGAGCUGGAUGCCUUCAUGCUACUGUCCUUUUCUCAUAAACACCUCCAAAUGUUUUUAUGUCCUGAUUAGGGUUGUCUGGUUAGGGAAACUAAAUUCAGCAUUUUAAGGGAGUUCAUGUUAUUAAGACAAAUAUUAAUAUUUUUCCUACAGUAAAAAGAGAAGGGUGUUAUGUAUACAUUCAUUGGUUAUGUAAUAAAAAGCUUAUGGGAGCCUG